GCUAACAACGUCCCCUCGACAGUUCCACGAGAUGCUGGACGUGACGUCACUGCUUCUAACGGUCCUCGUGGUCGCAGUGUCUGCGAGUAUCAUCGCCAGGAAAUGGCGUUGGAGGCAGCUCGAGAAGCUUCCUGGCAACGUAGCUCUGCCUUUCAUAGGAACUUCCUACGUAGCGUUCCUCACGAAACGUGAAGAUCGAAUGCGUAAAUUUGACGAGGUGCACAAGACGUUGGGGCCCAUCUUUCGCACCUGGAUGGGUCCUUACCCAGCGGUACAGAUACAAAAGCCGGAACACAUGGAGAAAAUAAUGUCCAGCAGCGAGAUAAUAGACAAGUCAAACUUCUACGCCUUCCUGUAUCCCUGGCUGGGACAGGGUCUCCUUACAAGCACAGGUUCCAAGUGGCACACGCACCGUAAAAUGAUUACGCCUGCUUUCCACUUCCGCAUAUUAGACAACUUCGUCGAAAUAUUUGCUGAAAACGGAGAGAUUCUAGUUGAGAAACUUAAACCAAAAGCUGAUGGAAAAGACUUUGAUAUCUACCCGUUCAUUACCCGCUGUGCUCUGGACGUCAUUUGUGAAACAGCAAUGGGAACCUCAGUCAACGCUCAAAAUCAGACACACUCUGCUUACGUCAACGCCGUUUACAGGAUCAGUGAACUCACCGUGAAAAGAAUGAUUAAGCCAUGGCUGCACUCUGAUUUCAUUUUCAAAAGGACUUCGACAGGGCAAGAGUACUACGACCAACUGAAUAUCUUGCACGGAUUUACAAAGAAGGUGAUAAGCGAAAGAAAAUCAGCCCGUAAGGCAAACGGUGGCCAACCGAAGACACCUCAAGAGGAUGACCUAGGUAGGAAACGACGUGUGGCUUUCCUGGACAUGCUGUUGGACGCUUCUGAGAACGGCCAGAAACUUAACGAUAAGGAGUUGCAGGAGGAAGUGGACACCUUCAUGUUUGAGGGUCACGACACGACGUCUGUUGCCAUGUCGUGGGUUCUGGUACUGCUUGGACACCAUCCUGACAUACAGGAAAAAGUCUUCGCUGAGCAGGAAGACAUUUUUCGAGACGAGCCUAAGAGACGUCCAACCACGCAUGACCUGAACAACAUGAAGUACCUCGAAAUGGUCAUCAAGGAAGCCCUUAGGCUCUAUCCGAGUGUUCCAGCCGUUAGUCGCCACCUGACGAAGGAGGUUGAUAUUGGUGGCUACAAAAUUCCUGAGGGCUGCACGGUGUCACUCAACAUCCGGCAGACCCACCGUGACCCCGACCACUGGCCGAACCCGGAGCGCUUCGACCCGGACAACUUCCUGCCGGAGAGGGUGCAGGGCAGACACCCUUACGCCUACGUGCCCUUCAGCGCUGGGCCUCGAAACUGCAUAGGCCAGAAGUUCGCCAUCCUGGAGGAGAAGGCGGUGCUGUCGUACGUGCUGCGCAACUUCCGCGUAGAGACGGUGGACAGGCUGGAGGACCUCCAGUUGAUCGGCGAGCUCGUCCUCAGGCCGAUGAACGGCGUCAACCUCAGGCUGUGGCCGCGGUAGCACCAAGUCUGUGGUGCCGCUUCUAAGUGCCUCCUGUCCAGUCUGCCAACAGCGCUUCAUAUCAUCAUUUUUUCAUCUCGUGAU